AAACGCGUACGAACAUCGACCGUGAACGUUUAGAGAAAAAAUUUAUUUUGCAGCAUCUAAUUAAUACAGAAGAAAAAAAAAAGUAAUCCUCCGUCGUAACCAAAAUGCCUCCAAACGCAGAGAAGAGAGAAGGAGGGGUUAACGAGACACCCGAAUCGGGGUCGGCGACGCCAGAUAUGGAGGCAGCCGAACAGAAAGCCGAAGUAGAAGCGGAAGUCACACCACAUUCAGUAUUCCGUGAAAAUAAACAUCAUACUGCUGAAGAACAAAAAAUUAUAACCAAUGCCGAAACAACAACGGCCACAUCUGGUACAACAGAAGCCGAAGAAGAGACUACUACCGCCACCUCUGUUUUAAAAAAGAUCGAACAUUCCGGCGAACGUGUGGCCGGUGUUAUAGCCGAAAAAACCGGCAUACCAACUUGGGGUGUGGUAGCCAUUAUCAUAUUGGUAUUCCUAGUCGUUUUCGGUAUAAUAUUCUUUUGUGUGCGGCGAUUUUUAAAGAAACGUCGAACCAAAGAUGGUAAGGGUAAAAAGGGUGUUGAUAUGAAAUCAGUACAAUUAUUAGGAUCAGCGUAUAAAGAGAAAGUUCAGCCUGAUAUGGAGGAAUUAACUGAAAACGCUGAAGAAGGCGACGAAGAAGAUAAGCAGAGUGAACAGAAAUUGGGACGUUUAAAUUUUAAGCUUGAAUAUGAUUUCAAUGCCAACAGUUUGUCGGUAACAGUUAUACAAGCCGAAGAAUUGCCAGCUUUGGAUAUGGGUGGCACCUCAGAUCCAUAUGUGAAGGUGUAUCUACUGCCCGAUAAGAAAAAGAAAUACGAAACAAAAGUUCACCGCAAAACCUUGAGUCCUGUCUUCAAUGAAACUUUUACAUUUAAGAGUCUACCCUAUGCCGAUGCCAUGAAUAAGACUUUGGUAUUUGCCAUAUUCGAUUUUGAUCGAUUCUCUAAGCACGAUCAAAUCGGUGAAGUUAAAGUACCCCUUUGCACUGUUGAUUUGGCGCAAACUAUCGAAGAAUGGCGUGAUUUAGUUAGUGUCGAAGGAGAAGGAGGUCAGGAAAAGCUGGGCGAUAUAUGCUUCUCUUUGCGUUAUGUGCCGACUGCAGGCAAACUAACUGUCGUUAUCUUGGAAGCUAAAAAUCUCAAAAAAAUGGACGUCGGUGGAUUGUCUGAUCCGUAUGUGAAAAUUGCAAUCAUGCAAAAUGGAAAACGUUUGAAAAAGAAGAAGACAAGUAUCAAAAAAUGCACCCUCAACCCUUACUAUAAUGAGUCGUUCUCAUUUGAAGUACCAUUUGAACAAAUACAAAAAAUCUGCUUGGUUGUUACCGUGGUGGAUUAUGAUCGUAUCGGUACUUCUGAACCCAUUGGACGCUGUAUAUUAGGAUGUAUGGGCACCGGUACUGAAUUAAGACAUUGGUCGGAUAUGUUGGCCUCUCCUCGGCGACCUAUUGCUCAAUGGCAUACUCUUAAAGAUCCCGAAGAAACCGAUGAAAUCUUAAAGAACAUGAAAUAAAUGAAGGAAGGAUUGAAAGAAAAUUCAAACAGACAAGUAACAUAAAGAAAGUAAAAAAUGAGAAAGCAAA